AUGGGGAUUCAGUCAAAAGUAUGGACAGUUAACAGUUUGAUACUCUUCAAAGCGGUUCCAAUGGUUGAAUUUUCUCUGUUAUACGAGAAAAUGACUCUGUUAAGACUGAUAUUUUUUUGUUCAGCGAUCCCCGAAAAUUUGAUCUACCAUGGAAUGUUAUGCCAGAAAAUUAAACUGAUUCGUGAGGAGACUGGAGCGUUGAUCACCACUCCUGGUGAACACGAAGAACAUGUGUUCAUCAUCGAGGCCCCACCAGAGAUUGCAAUGCGUGUUGCCCAGCAUCUGACUACACGAGCUCAGGAAAUCACUCAAAGCAAACUUUCUGCAGGUGAACGACGUCGUGGCUCGACCAGUUCGCAAAUAAACGGUCUGGAUCAAACAGGUGGUGCUAACCUUCUCGCUUCCAGCGGAAAUUGUUUCAAUACGAGUGGAUCUGGCGUAGCUGGUGGCAGUGGUGGCCCAUCGUCUCAAGCAAAUACUUCGACGGGUUUGUUAGUCCCAAACGGCUCAGGUCCAUCUAGCCUGCUAUCUUUAAGUCACAGUGCCACAAAUUCUCCACUACAUCCAAGCGCUGGCGGUAGUUCUCUGAUGUCUACCGGCGCAAAUAGUAACGUAAAUGGUCGCGUCGGAUGUAACGGUCUGUUUUCUCAUCUCUCCAGCCUACCAAAUAGUCCAUGUGGUAACGGUACGGGCAGUCUAUCUGGUCACGGUCAGAGUAGUCUGUUCCUCUCCAAUGGUUUGCAAAACUCCAACGGAAAUGGCAUGAAUGGCGGCGGAGCUGGUGGUAUGCUCAACGCAGGUAAUGGCGCACAACCAGGUAGUCGAAUCUUACUAGCUCGCAGUCGCAUCUCGGUUCCGCAAGAAUUGGUCGGAAAAAUUAUUGGGACUCAAGGUUCGAUAAUCACUACUAUCCAGAAGGAUACGGGUACAGAAAUCAAAAGUCCCCCGAAGGAGGCUGCUCGUGGACCGAAUGCUACCUCGGAAUUUGAAAUAUCCGCUUAUCAGGGGUUAGGCUUGACCUCGAUUCAGGCUGCAGAUUGCCGUGUGCAACAAGCUAAACAGCUGAUUGGACAUCUUGUUAUGCGUCAGUUGGAACGACGUGCCAGCGAGGAAAUCGAAGAUACAUCGGGUUGUGCGAACCUUGGGUCCGACGAUUCCCAGCGACUUGGAUCUGGUGGCACUCCCCGAUCAGGAAUGUGCGGUUCUGCGGGACCUGGAAAUGGUUCGGGUUCCAAUAAUGUCAAUACCCCUGGUUGGAUGUGGCCUGAUGUUGCGCAGAUGGAUUCCCAAGAGGCCCGAGAAGUUCUUGAUCGCAUUUUGGCUGAGUCAAAAAACAAAACAAGACGGGCUAAGGAAUUGGCCGCUGCUGCAGCUGCUGCAUCUCCGGGUUCAGGUGGUCCUAUUGGUGGUGGCUCUGGCCCAUCUCCAACAUCCGGUUGUCCGAUUUCAGCUUUGAACAUGGUAGGCUGUUCGUCGGUACAGACAUCGGGAUUUUGCAGCUCCUCAGAUCAAACUCAUGGCAGUUCAUCUGGUCCAUCAGUCUCUUCUCCGCAUCAACGCUUUCAUGCCUCAAGUCAGCUGUUAGUUCCAUCGGUCAACAGUCUCCUUGAUCCAUCCGGAUCG